AUGUGUGGGAAAGUAUCGUUCAGUAUUUUCGUCCUUCUUACUUACCGUCCUUCUCGUAUCUCCCCCCUCUCCUUUCCUUUUAACCCUCGCUUGAUUAAUGUUUGUAAGAAACAUAGGAGGAUGACACCCGGAGCAAUGUACUUAUCGUCCGUAACGCUAACUCUCUGCAUAGUGCUGUUGGCAACAGGGGCACGGCAAUCAGCUGCCGCUGCAGCGGCGGUCGGGGAGACUGUAAUAUUAGAUCAAGGAUCCAGCGAGUCCAUACGUAUUGUGGAAAGUGGUGGUUCAACCACGGACGCUUCUUUUGACUUUGUUGGAUUGUGGCCGCAUGGUGAACACCGUGAAAGUGAUGCCAUGUUCUUUGACGAAGAGGACGCCAAGUAUGAGAAAUGGAUGGUUAAGGAGAGAGAAAAGAAACGGAAGCAGGAAAAGGAGAAACGAGAGGAAAAGCAGAAGGCAAUGAACAAGUCGAAGGAUAAGCCCCGAAAGCCACCAAAAGGAGCUUCCACCUUUCAACUCACUCAAGCUGCUGUGCGAGCCCGGACAACCGAGCGUCGCAGUCGACUGAGAGCACUGAGGAAACCUAACUCUUUAUUAUUUGAUGCUGCAUGGAGCGCUGUUCUCGAGGAUUCAGACAAUUUACGAAAGUUGCUCUCCGCGGAUUCUAUUAUGCGCUCUCGGGAAGGGGAGGGGAACAACCCUGAAUCGCAGUAUGUCCAACUCCUCUCUACGGCAUUCAGCCACACGGUGAGAAACUUAACGACCGAGUCGCGCAGUGAUUGGAUUUCUCCGCUGAUAUACGCUUUGCCGUUUCCAGUACUUCUGGACAACGGGGCAUUGGUGUCUGCGGAGCAGGAGGUGCGGGCCCUAAUGACGGACUUGCAAGUAAUGAAAGCGACACCGGUUCCUCAGCCGUCAUCCAAUGGCAGUGAAAAGAAGGUGCCAAGCAGCACAGAUGUGGAAGCCACAACGCAGUUGGUUGAAGACAACCUCCGAAUUGCUUCCACCACUAUAUCCGCAAGCAAAAGCGCUCACCGCGUCGUGGCGCAGCUUGCUCUGCCUAUCAUGGGGCAUGCGAAGAGCAGUGUCUCCGACCAACUCCGUGAAGUUGAGAAGCAAAUAAGGGCAAACGAUGAGUCUACAGUCGCUAAGCGCCGGGAGCUGAAGGACUUAGCGAAACUGAAGAAGGUGGUGAAGGCCACCAAGGACCGCAUUCACGCCGCUGACGGUGAGUUGCGAAACGCCUACUUCUCUACCACGCCGAUGCUGUCGAAGAGUUCCUUUCUAAUUUCCCUGGCUCUAAUUUGCCGGUUACGUCUUUCAAGAAACACGUACGUCGAUGCUGUCGAUAUGCUUCCGGGCAUAGACGCUUUUGCUGAUUUUACUGGGUCGAUGAGGGCCGAGCUGUAUUCUUUUCUCUUUUAUCCACUAGGAGUGGGCGUUGCCGUAUCAGCGGCUACAACGUGGUGCUUGUUGUCAACACGUCAGCUGAUAACGAAGAAACUCAAACGGCAAGCCGGGCGUCUGCUACAACAAACUUCAACCAGUGGAGGUAGACCCGGUAAAGUUUCAGGUAUAACGAUGUUUGCACUGCGAGCGAAUCUGCUGUUGGAGGCACUGUCCCCUCUGUUUGUACCACUAGUUACCUUCUAUAUCAUCAACAGAACGUUAACUAAAGAUUUGUUGUAUCCGAUUGUAAUCACUGUGAAGCCGGCCCAGAGGCUAGUUUUGGGUUUCGUGGUGAUAAGUGUUCUUGUGGCGAGUGUAAUCGUGUCACGUGUGCUCACGGCCGUAGACAGGUGGUCCUUGAACCGACACAAUGCCAAUAAGAGAAAAGUGCAGUAG